GAUGAACAUUAGCCACAAGAAUCAUAGGGAGUAACAUAUUUCACUCCCAACUUAUUAUAAAAUCCCUCCAAGACUUUUUUUAUUACUUUCUAAUCCAAAAAUUAAAUCUUAUCACCGAGAUAGAGAAUUAAUAGAAAAAAUGGGUGAUCAAAAACAAUUGGUAGUGUUCGGUUUAGACGACAGUGAUCAUAGCUUCUACGCCCUGGAGUGGACCCUUGACCACCUGAUUAUUCCCACGACUUCCGCUUUCAAGCUGCUCAUUAUCCACGCAAGGACUAGUCCCACCGGCGUCAUUGGACUCGCAGGUCCAGGAGCAAGCGAUGUGGUAGAAGCGGUGGAGAGUGAUGUGAAGAGGACAGCCACAAAAGUGAUGGAGAAAGCCAAGGAAGUAUGCAGCAAUAAAGGAGUGAAAGAGGUGGAAUUCGAAGUUCAAGAUGGUGAUGCCAGGAAUGUUGCAUGUGAUGUUGUUGACAAACACCAUGCAACUCUCUUGGUCUUGGGUAGCCAUGGCUAUGGAACUUUCAAAAGGGCGGUUCUUGGGAGUGUGAGUGACUACUGCUCUCACCAUGCCAACUGUUCUGUAAUGAUCGUGAAGAAAUCAAAAUGCUCAAAGCUCCACGCCGUUAAUCAGACUUUUCAAGUAAUUAAUUAGGAAAAUUCUUUGUGUCGUUGCUUAAUUAGCUAGGGACGCACAUGGGGGUUAUGUAGUCUAGAUUCUAGAAUCACAACCCCAAUUUCAGCUCUUCCAUUUCUAAGUGUGUCAAUUUAAAGUAAGAAGAUUAUUAUUUGAUGAAUGUAGUUCUCUAUAAUUCUUAAA